GGCUGCCUCAUACACGAUGAUCAUAUCCACAGGAAACCAAGAAAGCUGUCAGAUGUGUGCGGCCCGGUGACAUUGACCGUCCCAGCUUUCAGCAAGCACCGAAGAUCAUAGCACGUCUGGAAAGAUUCUGGCAAGCUGUAACGCAAGUUCAUUUCCAUUGUGAAUAACCCUGAAGACCAGAGCCGUCACCGCAAAGCCGUUUUGAAUAAGAGUCAGUUACAAAGAUUGGAUAAGCAUUGGACGAAUUAGAGUUUAUUUAGAAGAUCCUAACAAUCGUCUCCGCCUUUUUCCCGGAAUACGAGACGGUCCCCAUCAGUGCGUUAUUACCGCAUCUUGCUUUCAAACAUUCAAGCUCUGGGUUGUUUCCAAAAAUAGACGCUUGGAAUGACAUUUACCAUGACGCAAUCACAAAUGAAUGGGGCCUCUCGUCAAUGUCUUCGGUGUGGCAGACGGCAUUCGUCAUUAUUCAAAUACCGACCAUUGAAACGAUAUAUGUAAGGUGAGGCAUUUUCUACUGUCCUCGAUUCCUGGUCUCUCCACCAUCAUUAGUGUAGCCGACAUAAAUGAUUGCCGAACUUCCUGCCGACCACCCAUCGUGCCGAUGGCACGUCCUAGUGUGGAGAUGCACAGAUUCCCACUAUUUUGUCCUCCAGACGCUCAUUACAGCCGCUAUAGGAUUCCUCGUCUUCGCGCUCGGAACGGGUACGCUUAUCUAUCGCUAUGUCUAUAAAGGCCAGAGAAUAUGGAAAGGGGGAUUGACGACGUUGGAUUCGUAUAUUGCGCUUAUGACGGCUUUUGGGCUGGGGCGAGGAAUUCAAUGUCUAUUGCUGGGACUGGAUAAAAUCCCUUCGAUGACCGCUUCACAACUCAUGCACGAUAUCCCGCAAACAUGCGGGAGAAUCGCCGCUUGGAUAUAUGUUCUGUCAGUCGUCCAGGCAACUCCGCGACAUUAUAAUGACUCGACCUUCCGGUUGCCAACGGCCACACAACUCCGGUAUCUCCGCAUCGGCUAUAUCCUGGCCGAAACACUCGUCGUUAUCCCGCUUGGAACCGCGGCGGGAUACGCAUAUGACACGGGACACUUCGACCGAUACGUUACCUUAACAACGGUAUUGUAUGCUAUGGUGGGAUUCUAUUGUGUCAUCAUUGGCUUGGCGUAUGGAUUUUUUGGAAGACAAUUAGUCCAAAUAGCAGUGAAAAUAGCCAGCGACCUCAAUUCAAACGUCCGGAGCACUGUUCCAUCCAACUUGGAAUCGGAGAACGCGGCUCCAGCUGAAGGUCCGGUGGAUGCGAAGAUGAUGAAAACCAUUACCAAAAUGAAAAUGGUGAACAGUACUCUCAUGUCCAUCGGCAUCUAUUAUGGUAUCAUCCUUGUUAUUUUCGCUGGUUUGCAGAAUAAGAUCUUCGCGCUUACGUGGUGGUCCAAAAUUCAAGCCGUCGGAAGCAACGUAUACCCACUGUCGCUAGUGCUGACCAACUUCUGCUUCAUCAUUUGGGGAGAAUUUAACCCGCCAGAUCCUGUCGCGAAUCCUCUUACGAUCGCGGGGAAAACCGUGAGCGUAACGCCAGCGACAGAGGGUAUUAAGCAGUCUAAGGAGGUGGUUGUUCAUCAAAAUGCGUAAGGAAUAUAACUCUGGGGUUGUACAUAGGAGAGUUAUACGUACGUGAGGACGAUCUUUGACCUCGAGGAUUUAUUUAUUCCGUUUCUACUUCGGAUGUAUCAUUUGUUUAAUCUGCUUGUGAUGCCGACACAUAGCACUGAAUGCUUGUUGCGCCAUGAUGCGGUUUGGUCAUUUGUCUAUUGCACAUGUACUGUCAACCGUGCUAAUAAGUGCGAAAAUCAUGCCUGUCUGAGACCC